UAGAACAAUAACAUAUUUACCACUGAUUUAAAGAGAUUAAAUUAAAAGUUGUAUCCAAUUAAAAGUUAUAACAUCCUUGUUUUACCACACAAAAGAGUAAAAAGAUAAAAAAAAAAAAAAAAGAUAAGCUACCAGCUUGCACGGUUUACCCUACAGUCCUAUUCAAGUUCUGCCACCUUUACGGACGGAGGAGUGUUCAUUACACAAGUCAGAGCCUCUCCAUCUCUCACCCUUAAAAUCUCUUCCAUCCUGCACUCUGUAGUAUACUGGCUCUUCCAACCAUGGACGGUUUCAGCUUACUCAAGUUCUGGCGCAAUGGCGGUACUGUCGGUGGAAUUAGCAGAAUCCUCACCCGAGACGGCUGCGCCACUGCUCCUCCCACCGGCACCACUACCAUCCUCACCGCCGUGACUCCUCUUUUAUCCGACCCCGAUUCGGACUCUGACUCAGACGGUCCCUUCAUCGACUUGGAAUUCACUUCCGCUCCGGAAGACGAACAUGGACGAAUCAGUGGUCGUGGAAAUGACGACGGCGAAGAUUCCGAGCAGGUUAAGCGUAAUGAACAACAUGCAGCUGAAGAAGUCGACGGGAGCGAGUCCGACGAUUCGUCGUACAAUGAGAAUGAAGAAGGCGAGCUAAAUUUGACUUUCUCUACGUCCUCCGGCUCGAGCGUUGACCGUACGGAUCCGUACGGAUACCUUUCUUCCUCAGAUGACCUUUUCUGUAAAGGCGGUGACCUUUUUCCGGUGAACGAUUCGGAAACCAAUUCGAAAUUCCAGGCGUCUCUGGUGAAAACGGCAACCAAAUUCAGAGUCCUAAUGUUGAAAUUGAAGAAGGCGAAGGCCACAAAUGCCGAACAGAAAGCCGAGAAAUCACAGCCCGAAGGAUCAAAUCCAGCGAAACCAAGGCCGAGUCAAAAACAAAUUAAAGCUGAGAAUGAAAAAGAUGAGAGUCAAAUUCGGACGGAGAAGAGCUCUUUGACGGUGAGAUUCAAGGUUGAAGAACUGAAUAUCAUUAAAUCUCUAUUUAUUAGGGAUACCGCUUCGAAAAACGGCAACAAUGGUGAUGGAUAUUCGCAUUCAAAUGUCGAACCGAGUUCGAGCCCUAGCUCAUUUCCAGACGAGAAGAAAUUUUCCAAAGACAUGAUGAUGGAAAAAUACUUGAAAAUGGUAAAGCCGUUGUACGUCCGUGUCUCGAGGCGUUACGGCGAGAAGUUGAGGUUUUCAGGACAGCUGAGUUUGUCCGGCGGAGGAGGAAUAAAGGCAGCUCCAGUUGCACCGCCGCCGCAGUCUACGGCGGAGAAGGUGCUGAGAGGCGAAACUGCACCGGCGGUAGAAGUAGCUGAGAACGCGUCGGUAUUGAGUAACGCCAAGAGUGUGAAGCAGGGGAGCCUACCGGCGGGGCUGCGAGUUGUCCGGAAACAUUUAGUCAAAAGCCGGUCAGCGCCGCCAGCGGCGGUUGUGUCCGGUCAAGUGUCAUCGCGGAGGCGUGACGACUCGCUUUUACAACAAGAAGACGGAAUUCAAGGCGCCAUUUUACACUGCAAAAGGUCAUUCAACUCAACCCGAGACUCAAAUUUGCGCGUUUUAUCUCGGUCAACGAGCGAAGCAUCUCAAGGAAACCCCGUGAACUUGCCGUGUGAUGAAAUUGGACCCGUAUCCCAAACGGGUUAAUUGUCGAUUUCUGAGGUUUCAUAGUAGUUAGUUAAUUAAGAAAUAAAUUGCGUAGUCUGUAGUAAUAGUAAUUAUGGGUAUAAUAUUAACAUUAAUAAUUAGGAAAAUAUAUUAUUGCUUCUUCUCCCAGCCAGAAGAAUCGAACCUUUGACUAAGUCAAUGGUAUUUUGCUAGCGAUAUCAUUCGUUGAUCCGAGAGAUUCUCAGGCCUGAUUUGGAAUGGGAUGAGAGACUGGUGAGGAGUGAGUUGUCAAUUAUGUGUGAUGGUUUUAGCCUUUUACCCAUGUAAAGUACGGAGUAAAAGAAAGGCGUCCCUUUUUACAGUUGUGGAUAAUUUCAGGCAAUUGUGAUGUGCUUUCACUUCCGUUCUCCAUACGGUAACUCUAUGCUUCAGCUAAUCUUCAGCAUUGAAGUCUUCAUACAUUGACG